AUGGAUGGGGACGCUCAAUCUGGUCGCAGAUCGCAUCCUCCCGGGCGAACUGCGAAUCGGGAGAGAAAACGUAAAAUCCAUUGGGCACCAUUGAAUAUCGGCCUCGAACGACGCUUACAGACCUUUGUCGUCUUAUGCCAUACUCUCACAAUUGCCAUCUUUGUGACAAGCUUCUUCUUUACCUGUGCAAUUCCGCUAUUCUGGCCCCUUCUCCUACCCUAUCUGGUUUACAUCUCUUUGUUCUCUACCGCACCCACGUCCGGGGAACUGAAAGGUCGAAGUUCGUUCUUACGGUCACUUCCCAUCUGGUCAAUUUAUGCGUCUUAUUUCCCUGCCCGUCUUCACCGUGAGGAACCUCUGCCCCCGCACAAGAAGUAUAUCUUUGGCUAUCAUCCCCACGGGAUCAUUUCGCAUGGUGCCUUCGCCGCAUUCGGGACCGAGGCCUUAGGGUUCUCCAAACUUUUCCCCGGUAUUACCAACACCUUAUUGACUUUGGACUCGAAUUUCCGGAUUCCUUUCUAUCGAGAAUAUGCACUCGCAAUGGGACUGGCUAGCGUGUCUCGCGAAUCCUGUGAGAAUCUGCUGACCAAAGGCGGUGCGAAUAAUGAGGGAAUGGGCCGGGCGAUCACCAUUGUCAUCGGUGGGGCUCGGGAAUCUCUCAAUGCGCAGCCUCAUAGUCUACGCCUGGUCUUGAAACGUCGCAAAGGGUUUGUCAAGCUCGCCAUCCGCACUGGGGCCGAUCUGGUCCCUGUUUUAGCAUUCGGGGAAAACGAUCUGUAUGAACAAGUGCACUCAGAUCAUCAUCCACUCAUUCACAAACUUCAAAUGCUUGUCAAGCGUACCAUGGGGUUCACAAUUCCCCUUUUCCAUGCGCGUGGAGUGUUCAAUUACGACGUUGGCUUGAUGCCCUACCGCCGUCCGCUAAACAUUGUAGUGGGACGGCCGAUCCCGGUGAUGCAGCAGCAAAAUCGGGAUAAGAUUGACGACACAUAUAUUGAUGAACUUCAUGCCAAAUAUGUGCAAGAGCUGCAGCGACUUUGGGACGAGUGGAAAGAUGUCUAUGCUAAAGACAGAACCGGAGAACUUGAAGUCACUGCGUGA